AUGGAUAAGUGUGACAUUGAUAGGGCUCACGAAGAUGUCAAUAGUUUUACUGAAGUGACGAAUCAGUACCGAAGCAAUGGUUUCUUACCCUCUUUUUUGCAUUUUAUAAAAUCUCCAAAUUAUCAAAAAUAUAGCGAUUCUGAAGCCCACUCAGAGAUUCUCAAUGGAAUCGCUUCACUAAUGUCUGCAUUUGUGUCAGCUCUCGGCACUACAACUAUUAUCGACUUAAUCCGGACUGCAUUUCGUUUACAACGAUUCAUAAAUACAUUGAAAGCUGGUAAAUGUAUACUUAAAUCAAAGACCAAAUGGGAAAGCAAAUUAUCGCAAGUUUCCUAUGAAUCAAUCUAUCGAUUAUCAAGUGGUUUAUCGCAUUUGUUUAUUAGUUAUAUGCCACCAAAAUUGUUACGGAUAAUCAAUUUACUGGGUGUUAACGGAUCUGAGACGGUAGGCUUCAUUCAAAUCAAUAGGACUGCAUUCAUGUUUGAUGGGAUGUGCAAUAAAUUGGCCCAAAUGUUUCUCAUUGUUAACAAUGUCUAUAUUGAGCCAUAUAUGGGAUUUCAGUCUAAAAACUCUAUCGAUUGUCAAAUGAUUUUAAAGGAAAAUCUUAAUGUUUAUAGUAAUUCAGUUGUAUUUAUGACAGUCGACGCCAAAUACAUACAAUUAAGAGGAGAUUUGGAAGAAGCCAUCAAAUACUAUACAAAAUUAAUUACUGACUACUCAUUUGAUGUGUCGUUAAAAUGGUUUCACUUUGAACUCAUGUUUAGCAAUGCAUUGAUCUGUAAUUUCAAUGAAAGCGUUAAAUAUGCGGAACUUAUACGCAAAGGAAGCCGACAAUCGCCCGCUUUUACCACUUAUUGUGAGGCAGUCGUCAGAUAUGUCAUUGGAAAAGAAGAAAACAAUACACAAGAAUUGGAAACAGCGAUUAAACUUCUUGAAAUUGUGCCGACAGUUCGCGUCCGAUAUUUUGGUAAAUCAGCGACCUUUGAAAAGGCAUCGGUAUUAAGUGCAGAGAAAUUUCGAGACAAAGAUAACUGUCCCGUAUUACCAGAUAUGGAAAUUUUAUACCAAGCAAAUCUAUUUCAGUUAAUCAAAGAUAAACCAAUAUAUUUGAAUAGAUUUAUGGAUCGAGUAAAACAUCAGAUAAGCAUUUAUUCAAACGAUUUAAAAACUAAAGACUAUUUGGAUAAUUAUUUGACGGCAUUGUUUUAUAAGGCAGUAAUUCAUAAAUUUUUGGGUGAAUAUGACGAAUGCAAAAAAUGUUUGACAACUAUUAUUGAUGAUACUGAUCGCUUCCAAAGAGAGACAUCAAUCCCACCGCAGGCGGUCUUUGAGAUGGGAUUAGUUGAGAUGGAGCUCAACAAUACCACUGAAGCCAAACAAUGGAUCAACAAAUGUCUUCACGACUUCAGUGGUUAUGUCAAUGAAAACUUUGUUCACAUCAGAGCUUAUGCGGCGCUCAGACAUAUAGGAGUCUCAAGUGAUAAACAACGUGUUGACGACUCCUUAUUGCCCAUGCAUUUUGUCGAACCAUUGAAUUGUUAG